AUGGCAGACCAGAAAGUGCCAUUGGACGCACCGCCAGCCUACACAGACAAUCCACAGCCUGCCACCAAUGCCUCCGCCCCUCCCAGACAAGGCGUGCCCGUCCCGCCACGGCCAUUGGAUCUGCCAGCCUUGUCGAUGAUCCGUGGACGAAGAGUGAUAUUGGCAUCGGCUUCACCUCGUAGACGCCAACUCCUCGCACAGAUCGGCUUGACACAACUCGAAAUCAUCCCCUCCACCCUCCCCGAAGACAAAGACAAAUCCCUCGCACCCUUCGAAUAUGUCCUCCAAACAGCCGAGCAGAAAGCACGCAACGUCUACCAACAGGAGAUCGACUCCACAAAGGGCGAGCCAGCCCUUGUUCUCGCCGCGGAUACGGUCGUCUGCACCCACAUGGGCCAAAUUCUGGAGAAGCCCCGAAAUGAGAAGGAGCACUUUGCAACACUGAAGAUGCUACGCGAUCAGAACAACGGCUGGCACAAAGUAUACACGGGCGUCGUGUGCAUGGCGCCGUUGGAGAGUCUGAUGGAUCCGGGCUAUGCUAUUGAGACGCAUGUGGAAGAGACGCACGUCAAGUUCGAUCAGGAUGUCACCGAUGACUUGAUGAAGAGCUAUGUCAAAACGAGGGAAGGUGCAGACAAGGCUGGUGGGUAUGGUAUCCAGGGAUUGGGAAGUAUACUGGUGGAGAAGAUUGAUGGCACGUUCGAUAAUGUGGUAGGACUGCCGUUGAGGGCGACCCUGCAGUUGAUUGAGAAAGUGGUCGUGGAGCCUGGUGUGCCGGAAGAGGUGGAUCAAGCGAUAUAA